UUUUUAGAAGUUAUUAAGCCUUUCUGUGCGGUGCUACCAGAAAUUCAGAAACCUGAAAGGAAAAUACAGUUUAGAGAGAAAGUACUGUGGACUGCUAUAACUCUCUUCAUUUUCUUAGUAUGUUGUCAGAUACCACUCUUUGGGAUCAUGUCAUCAGAUUCUGCAGAUCCUUUCUACUGGAUGAGAGUUAUUCUUGCAUCCAACAGAGGAACUUUAAUGGAAUUGGGUAUCUCCCCAAUUGUAACAUCUGGUUUGAUUAUGCAGUUGUUAGCUGGAGCCAAAAUCAUUGAAGUUGGAGAUACACCCAAAGAUAGAGCUCUCUUCAAUGGAGCCCAAAAACUAUUUGGUAUGAUUAUUACCAUUGGGCAAGCCAUUGUGUAUGUCAUGACGGGCAUGUACGGGGAUCCUGCUGAAAUGGGUGCUGGAAUCUGUCUCCUUAUCAUUAUUCAGUUGUUUGUUGCUGGUUUGAUUGUGCUGCUGUUAGAUGAGCUGCUACAGAAGGGUUACGGCUUGGGGUCUGGUAUUUCCCUCUUUAUUGCCACCAACAUCUGUGAAACCAUUGUCUGGAAGGCCUUUAGUCCCACUACCAUUAACACUGGCAGAGGUACCGAGUUUGAGGGUGCAGUCAUAGCUCUGUUUCAUUUAUUGGCCACCAGAACAGACAAAGUUCGAGCUUUAAGGGAGGCUUUCUACCGUCAGAAUUUACCCAAUCUCAUGAACCUCAUUGCUACAGUUUUUGUGUUUGCUGUUGUUAUAUAUUUUCAGGGAUUUCGAGUUGACUUGCCAAUUAAGUCAGCCCGGUAUCGAGGACAGUACAGUAGCUAUCCCAUCAAGCUCUUCUACACCUCCAACAUUCCCAUUAUUCUUCAGUCUGCCUUAGUUUCAAACCUGUACGUUAUUUCCCAGAUGCUGUCCGUUCGAUUUAGUGGCAACUUCUUAGUAAAUUUACUAGGACAGUGGGCUGAUGUCAGUGGAGGAGGACCUGCUCGCUCUUACCCAGUUGGAGGCCUUUGUUAUUAUCUUUCUCCUCCUGAGUCCAUGGGUGCCAUAUUUGAGGAUCCUGUCCAUGUAGUAGUUUAUAUCAUCUUCAUGUUGGGAUCAUGUGCAUUCUUUUCUAAGACAUGGAUAGAGGUGUCUGGCUCCUCAGCCAAAGAUGUAGCUAAACAGCUUAAAGAACAGCAAAUGGUAAUGAGAGGUCACAGGGAUACCUCUAUGGUUCAUGAACUUAAUAGGUAUAUCCCCACAGCUGCUGCAUUUGGUGGUCUGUGCAUUGGUGCCCUGUCAGUAUUAGCUGACUUCCUGGGGGCCAUUGGAUCUGGCACUGGAAUUCUGCUUGCAGUCACAAUUAUUUAUCAGUAUUUUGAAAUAUUUGUUAAGGAACAGGCUGAAGUUGGUGGGAUGGGUGCUUUGUUUUUCUAAAUGUUUAAAUACUUCUGUUUGUGUGUGUGAAAGGGUAAAUAUUUUGACACAUUGUUUUUGUCAAAUAAUGCUGGUUCCCCUUUUUUUCCUUCUCAGUUUCUUGUUUUCAAGUGCUAACUGCCCCAUUUCUGAAAUGGGCACUGAGCUAAGCCUGUGUGCAGCAUUAGUACCAGCUGCCUUAAAACUGAAGUUUACAUUAUUUGUUCAAAAUGUACAUUUAGUGUUGCCUGUAAUGCUGGAAACCAAUGUUUAUCUCCCUUGCUGUGUUAAAUCAUGACGGUGAGAUGGUGACAUGGAUUAGUUUUGCACACAACAUUCAGAACACUUAAGAUUUCCUCCACUUGUUUAAAAAUAAAUAUAGUUCAAAUUGCCACUUUUCCAGUAUUUUUGAGCUUAUUUAAUGAGUUCUUGAACAUUUAUAUCUAAUCUCUAUUUUAGAUAAUUACUUUUUAUACUUUUUUAACUCACAGUAUCCACCUUCCCUCCCCUCCUUGUCCCCUUUUCCCCACCCCUUUUGGCCCUUCUUAAAGCAGCCACUUAGCCCAAAUGGGUGAAAUUGAGCCUCAAAGUGUUAUCCGUUAGUAGAAAAAACUGCUUAUAAUUACUCUUCCUAUUUUUCAUUUCUCCUUUCUUCCAGUGACAGCAUAAAUGUUACUGUUUUACUGUAUUGGCUAUGCCUUCUAAUUCCAACAAGUCACUUGAGAAUACUCUUUCAAGAUAUUAUGCCCCAAUUCUUUAUUUUAAACCCUUAAAGAAAAGAUCUAAUUCUCAAGCAGUGUCUGUAGUUCAGUGGAGGUGAACAAUGAGUAAUUCAUGCUAGGAAUUUGUGUAUGUUGUUGUACUUUACAGCAGCAACAUAAGUGUAAACAGUAGACAAUAAACUUUUAUUUAAUGAAACUGUUUCAGUUGUGUUAGAAAAAUAAAUAAAUCUGAUAUU